AAAAUCAAAUAUUCUAACAGAACAAACCAAAAUAAAUAUUAAUUUAAAAUAAUGGUUAUAUUUUAGGAGAUUAAAAAUAAAAAAAAUAACUUAAAACCGAACCGAUAUACAGAUUAAACAGAUUUAAUGUGUUUUUAUUAAAAUUAACAAAACUAAUAAUCACAUUCCGCGCAAGGCGCGGAUUAUUACCUAGUGUUUUUUUAAUCCGUGUGCAUAAACCUAAAACGGCAAUUAAAAUAAAACGGAAGGGGUAAUAUUUAUUCGAAUUGUAACUCCAUGCAUGUUUAUGAAACAUUUUUUCUUACAUUAUGCUGAAGUAAAUGACUAACGCAUGGAAGUUAUCAUUACGGAGAUAAAAUUAUGCGAAAGUUGGUAUUAUGUUUUGGGACCCAUUUAAUUUUCAGUUUUUCUUUUUGUUUACAUUUUUUUUUCAUAAAUUAUGGUUCCCAAUCAGCGAAUAAAAAAUAUUCAUACAACUCAGAGGGAUCAAUCUCCCAAAUUGAAACAAGGAAUUUCAAGACCCUAGAUGAUUUGUCGGCAAUACUUCUUCACAAUUUUCUGCCGCCACCAACAAACCUUAACAUUGUUCUUCGUGUGCCAACCGCUACAAGCCAUUGCACUUUUACGGAACAAAUUUAGACCAACUCCAAUGAGAAUUCUUUCCAUUAGAGGUGCUCUUAUAACUCAGGAUUAUCCUACAAAUAUUGGUAAUAUAUUUUAGUUACAAUAAAUGCAAAUCAAAGGAUCACAAGUCAACCAAAAAACCCUAAAUCCUUAAUGUCAAUUCAUCAAAUAUGCCCAAUUGAAGCUCUUGCCGAUUUCUUUUCAAUCCUUAAUCAGAAGUUAUUUUUAGUUUUUCUUAUUGUCUCUCGAUAUAAAAAAAGUUAUCAAUUCGAAUUCGCAAUUCAGACAGCUUAUUUAGGAAGUCUGAAUCUGACUUUUUUUUUUAUUUGUAUCCCAUUCAAUUCGGUGUUACAUUUUAACCCAAUAGGUUGGUGAGAAAAAAUUAUGAUUUUUAUGGAUAGUUUUUAAAAUAGGAUAGUUGCACCCUAUAUACAACAAAAAAUACAUAAAUACACUAACUAAGUAAAACUUUCCCCUCUUUACUUUCUCUACCUAUCUCUCUCUACUCUCUUUUCCAAAAUCUAAUUUUCCAUUUUUUGGUUAUUUGGCAAAUAAGCCCUUUUAAAAUUUGCAGAUAAUUUUUGGUUGGGUUAUAUAAUAGUAUUAUUAAAUUUUAGGUUACACAACUGUUAUUAAACCAUUUUCAAUUUAAAAAAAAAAAGAUAAAUAAAUUUUGUUUGGAGUGGAAAAUAUUUAAAAUGCGUUUUCAUUUCGAGGUGUGCAUUGUUCUUUGUGCAACAUAGUUGAGAACUCAAGCUUUUUUUCAAAAAAAAAAAAAAAAAAAAAGCUGAGAACUCUUAUACUUCCUGUGAUUUUUGUUGAGGUAUUGCUCCUCUCAUUUCCAGCUAUUGGUGGUUGGGUUAAGUGCGCUUCAAAUGAAAGGCAACUCGUUGCGAUACCAAUUUAUUUCCUCCGUCGAACGAUUCAACUAUUUUGUAAACCUUUGGUAAUCCUUAACGGGAAGUAAGGGUUGUAUUAAUUUACUUUAUUUUAUUUCAUUUUUGCUAUAAACUGUUGUAUGUAUAAAAAAAUUUAGAUCCUUUUUAAAAAGAAAAAUGUUGAAUUAGGAUUAGGAUUAGGCCAAAAACUCUCCGAAAAGGUCUUUAUGCGUAGUCAACAAGUUAAUAGAUGGAACGAGUGAACUCGUACUUGUUUGACGUCUACGGUGAGGUGAACCCAUGGAAUCCUUCAAAGUCAGCGACCAAAACAAAUCUACUUAAUCAAAUCUAAUUCAAUAUUUGUUGUCGUGACGGGCAGAUCUUAUUGAUCCACGAAUCAUAAUCGUCUAGUAGUAUAACUACUUCUUUAUCUCGCUCUACACGGAAACAUGGAGCUCAACUGAUCCAACAUUAUGACUAUCUUCACGAGAGAUCUCAGCCAUAGGUUCGUUUUAUGUGUUUUAUUACCGCUUUUCAUUUUCCAAUUCCUGCCUAACGCAACCUGCCAGCAAGAGUCAGAAUCCAAGGUCACGGCGGAAUCAGUAAUUGGAAUCGUUUUGCUUUCUAUGUUCCUAUUAUGUAUAGUCGGUUGCUGCUUCUUCUAUGCGUGUCAGAGUGCAGAGGUUGAGUCGGGAAGCCGUCAAGUGCUGCACACUAGAGCAAGGCAUGGGCUCGACAAGGACAUCAUCGAGUCCUUCCCAUUUUUCCUUUACUCAGAGAUUAAAGGGCUCAAGGUAGGCAAAGGCGGAGUGGAAUGUGCAAUUUGUUUAAACGAGUUUGAUGAUGAAGAAACGCUCCGUUGGAUGCCUCCUUGUAGUCACACUUUCCAUGCUAGCUGCAUCGAUGUAUGGCUCUCUUCUUGGUCCACAUGUCCGGUCUGUCGUGCAAAUCUGUCUCUGAAACCUGGUGAGAGCUUUCCAUAUCCGAGCAUGGAUCUUGAAACCGGAAACGUACAGAGAGGUGUUCAAGAAUCCCCCGACGAUAUAAGCUUGACAGGUAACAACACUUCAAAUUAUACAACACCUCGAUCGAGAUCUACAGGGUUAUUGUCUAGCUGGCGUAUGGCUGAGAUAUUCGUCCCUAGAUCUCAUUCGACGGGACGUUCAGUGGUUCAACUUGGCGAGAAUCUAGAACGAUUCACACUGCAGUUACCCGAUGAGGUGCAAAGACAAUUGGCUAGCUUGCAUCCGACAAGGAAAAGCCACAUGGCCUUACCUGAAGCCAGGAGUUCGAGACAGGGCUACAGGAGCGGCAGCGUUGGAAGCGAGAGAAGCAGUUUCUCUCAGGGGCGACAAACAUUUCGGCGGGCCCUAUCUAUGUCAUUCUCUUCUGGUAGGUCCACACUUGGCAAGCACGUCCGAGAGACUUCCCAAACUAAGGACAAAGAUUCUGGUGAACGGUCGUUUGAACGCCUCAUGCCAGAGAAGGUCUAACAGAUAAUCUAUCUACUUUUUUUUUCUUCAAUGGAUAAAACUAAGUCACAAGUCUGAUGAUUAUGGUUGAUAUCAUCCAUGCGUGCCACAGAUUGGUUUAACCAUAAACUGGUUCUAGUACUUUAUAAGAGUCUGUAAACAUAGUUAGCACAAAUGGAAUUGGAUUAGCACCGUUCGAAGA